AUGGAUUUGGAUAUUUUUUGGACUGUGCGCAGAAGGGAUGCGCAAAAGGUGCGUUUUGACGGUUUUGUACAGGUGGGUGUGGGUGUAGGGGGUUUGCCACGAAAAUGAGCCAGGACCCGCCCUCUCUUACUACUUUUCAUUUACGUUAGGAUUACCCGACAGUACACCAGGUUUAUCAAAAACUUAAAGAAAGUGAUAUUCAACCUAUUUUUGCAAUCUCUGGCAAUGAGAGCACUAUACUGGCGUACCAGGUAAGAAUGCGUAGAAGAAGUGCUGCCGUCUACAAUUCACUGUAACGAAAGUAAUUAUUUUAAUUACACUGGCCGCAGCCAGUGUCAUAAUUUUCCCUUGCUUGAAAAUGCUAUCUUUUUCGGUUUUUUGGUUGUCGCAAGUGUGACGUUCCAUUGCGGCAUCGUGGGCUCAGGAUUGCGCAAUUUAGCUAAAACAUGCUCACGACGAUUAUUAGGACCAAUUCUACACAAUGUUAAUCAGAACGACUUUCGUGUUUAACUACGUUACAAAUCUUAGACGCUGUAAUUGUGGGACGUAUUUUAUUAUAUUUCAUUGCGCAUGCGCUUGAACUUUUCUGUGUUUUUCGAUAUAUCGCUGAACUCUAUUGGUUUUGUAUGGAUUUUUAUUGUGCCGUCCUCUGAAUGUUUGUGAUCAUGAAGUGACGGCCGUCAAGAAGUGAAGAACAUCUACAUGUUUCAAAUUAUUUUUUAGAGUAUUGCGAUGGUAUUUUACCAACCGCGAGGCCAGUGAACGCCUGAGCAGGCGUCUUGUUAAAUAUGAGAAUAUCUCACAUAUAAACUCCUAUCACACUUUUCUAUUAAAAGUACAUAUGAUUCAUGCUUUGGGGGGGGGGGGUCGGAUCAUCCGAGGACGCCACUUUGUGAAGAUUCUGAAAUUUAAACCCUUUGAAAUGUCAUUUCCAGCCGUUUUAUCUAAAUAUUUAAUAAACACUAUUGUGUAAAAUUUGUGUCGGAAAAGCCAGAAACCUUUCCCUUGACACCCCUGCGAUAAGGAGGAAAUAUUUUGGUUUGCAAUUUCGUGAAAUUACCGGCGAUUGUCUAGGCUACAGACGGCGAAAAUCGCCGGGUGUCGUUUUCUAUUGGAACCCUGAUUCUCAUCUUGCUGUAAUGCAUACUGUAUCUUCGGUUUCAAGACGCUUGUGUACCUCACCCUAAUCUACUGUAUAGCAAAAUUUAGCUUCAGACAAAUGACAUGUUUAAACUUUAGGCUAUCGUGAGUAACUGGGAUGAUAUAAGUGCUACUUUGGAAGAAUUGGAUGGAGAUUCUAGCAAAAUCAUUGAUCUUAUUCAAAGAAGCUACGAU